CAGGAAAAUCUCAAGGAACAAGAUGUACCGCUCACACAGUCUGCUUUACCUGGGAGUGUUAAUAGUGGCGGUGGUCGCCAACAAGAUGCUGGAAGACUGUUUGUCAUCAAACCGUACGUACUUCAUGAAUGUUGUGCUGCUGGAGGACAACACUUAUGGUUGGAGUCGACCGUUUGUGCAGGCGGCCGUGGAACAAGCCAUUGAAGAGGACAGGCUGGAGAACAUUAAAAAUGAUUUAAACUUCACGUUGACGGCUAACUACAACGGGUUCGACACCACCGUGUACAACCGACAGGGCUGUGGGAGCAGCACCUGUGAGGGAGUGGCGAUACUCAAGCUGCUGCAUGUGAGUGGAGAUGUUGGGUGCGUCAUGCUGGGGCCUUCCUGCACUUAUGCCACCUUCCAGUUAGUGGAUGAUGAAAUUGGCCCGAACCUGACUAUUCCCAUCAUCUCUGCUGGGAGCUUCGGCCUCUCCUGUGACUAUAAGCCCAAACUGACUCGAAUUCUGCCUCCGGCACGCAAGAUCUCAGACUUAUUCUUCAACUUUAUGGAGGAAAACUUGGAAUUUAAGGAUCCUUGGAAGCAGGUCUAUGUCUACAAGAAGUCCGGCAACCCACCUGAAGACUGCUUCUGGUACAUCAACGCAUUGGAAGCACCAUCUGAAAACUUUGCCAAAAAGACAAAAAGAGAGAUGCUGCGUGGGGAAGUCGAUCUGAAGAAAGCACUCACCGCUAGGAAAAGACACAGCAACAUUUUCAUCGUAUGUGGGGGCCCUGAUGACAUUGUUGCAAUAAAGGAGAUGGUGGACCAGAUUGAUAAGAACAUCAUGUUUAUUCUCCUCGAUAUUUACAACCCUGCGUAUUAUGUCAACACAACAUCCAGUAAGGGAAUGCAGGAUGUACUAGUGAUCACUCUGCCACAGAGGAACUACGACUACGGAUCAAACUCAACAUACAACGACACGAUAAAUGACUACGUGGCUGGGUAUCAUGAUGGGGCUCUGCUGUUUGGUAAAGUCCUCAGAGAGAAGAUACUCAAUGAGCGUCAUAACAUAUCCUAUGAGGGGUCUCCGAGUGACAACCCUUUUGUGAACGUCUCCUUUGACGGCAUGGGAGGACACUAUGUGCUCGAUGAGUACGGUGACAGAGAUGUUAACAUCUCUAUGAUUUACACAUCAACUGUCACUGGCAAGUAUGAAACCUUGUUGGUGUUUGACACAUCGCAAAACAAAUCCAUCGUGAUAGACGCAAACCCCGCCCUGCUCUGGAAUGGUCACCUGCCUUCUGACGUACCAGACAAUCCAGAUGGCUUAGAUAUGCAGGAUGUGAUUGUGAUCGUUCUGAGUCUCAGUGUUGUCGUGGUGACAGCCAUCGCUCUCAUCUUCUACAGGCAGAACAGGAAAGAACGUCUCAUGCAGAAGAGAUGGUCUCACAUCAACCCGCAUCUGAUUGGUCCGCUGGAUGAGAAGGAGGUCUCUCUGAAGAUUGAUGAAGAUAAGAGGAAGGACAGCACAUUCUUCAAUCAUAGAGGCCGCUAUGACAAGAAGCCUGUGAUCUUGAAAGAGCUGACACAUACAGACGGAGACUUCACAGAGAACCAGAGGAUUGAGCUGAACACUCUGCUGCGUAUCGAUUACUACAACCUGACCAAGUUCUACGGCACUGUGAAGUUUGAGUACGGUGUGUUCGGGGUGUUUGAGCUCUGUCAGAGGGGUUCCCUCAGGUACAUUCUGAAUGACAGGAUCUCCUACCCUGAUGAAACCUUCAUGGACAUGGAGUUCAAGAUAUCAGUCAUGUAUGACAUAGCAAAGGGCAUGUCAUAUCUCCACUCCAGUAACAUUGAGGUCCAUGGUCGCCUCAAGUCCACCAACUGUGUGGUCGACAACCGCAUGGUGGUCAAGAUCACUGACUUUGGCUGUCACACCAUCCUGAGGCCAGGCAGAGACGUGUGGACGGCCCCGGAGCAUCUUCGUACAGAUGGGGUGUCUCAAAAAGGCGAUGUCUACAGCUAUGCCAUCAUUGCUCAUGAGAUCGUUAUGAGGCGGCCCCCGUUCUACACACAGUUCUGCUCUGAUCCUGCAGAGAAGAUCCACAGAGUGCAGUAUCCCAGCGUGAUGUGCGUCUUCAGACCUGACCUCAACUUUGACGGUGCCUCAGAAAGAGAGGUUGAGCUGUUCAUGCUGAUAAAAAACAGCUGGGACGAAGACCCAGAGCGAAGGCCAGAUUUUAAGAGAAUAGAGUUAACUCUGGGUAAGAUUUUCAGUAACUUGCACAACCAAGCCAGUGAGACAUACAUGGACAACCUGAUCCGUCGCCUGCAGAUGUACUCCAGGACUCUCGAGCAUCUGGUGGAGGAUAGAACCUCUUUGUACAAAGCUGAGAGGGACAGAGCUGAUCGCCUCAACUUUAUGCUGCUUCCUGGCCCAGUGGUGCGUUCACUGAAGGAGACGGGCAGAGUGGAACCGGAGCUGUUUGAGGAGGUGUCCAUCUAUUUCAGUGACAUUGUGGGAUUCACCACCCUCUGCCACUACAGCACCCCCAUGGAGGUGGUCGACAUGCUCAACGACAUCUACAAGAACUUUGACAGCAUCCUUGACCACCAUGAUGUCUACAAGGUCGAGACAAUAGGAGAUGCGUACAUGGUUGCAUCAGGUUUGCCCAAACGCAACGGCGACAGGCAUGCAGUGGACAUUGCCCAAAUGGCCCUGGACAUCCUGGCAUUUGUAGGGACUUUUGAGUUGCAGCACCUGCCCGGCAUCCCGCUGUGGAUCCGUAUUGGUGUGCAUUCAGGACCGUGUGCAGCGGGAGUGGUGGGGAACAAGAUGCCUCGCUACUGUCUUUUUGGAGACACAGUCAACACUACAUCACGUAUGGAGUCCACGGGCCUGCCUCUGAGAAUUCAUGUCAGCAAGUCCACCAUCAACAUCCUGCAGAGGACAGACUGCAAGUUUGAGUAUGAAAAAAGAGGAGAGACGUACCUGAAGGGUAAAGGCAAAGAGACGACAUACUGGUUAACAGGAGUGACUGGGGGAAAAUACAACCUGCCGACACCACCAACAGCGGAGAACUUCCAGCGGCUCCAGCAGGACCUGGCGGAGAUGAUCGUGUCCAGUCUGGAGAACCGUAGCAUUGGGAGUGAGGGCUUCAAAAACAGGAAGACCCUGUCCACCAAAGUCCGUCGUAGGGAGACCAACAGCAGCCUGCAGGGGAACAACCCGCCAGAGUAUUUCCACCUGGCUGUCACCGACGACCCCAGUACCUACCUGUGACGAGAGGAGCUUUCCGUACACUGACGGCCAAGAAGUAGACGUCGUAGAAGUGCGUCAUAGCCUGCACCUGUCGGAAUCAGCACUGCUGGGUUUCUUUGAGUGACAGCGAAGCAGCAGUGGAACAAGCAGGCGAGUUGAAGAUGAGACUUGUGUGUUGAUGUAAUCAUAAACGUGCCUACAACAGGGUCUCGGUUAUCUCUUUCCCCCUUCAACACGCAUCCCUCUGCCACAUAAAAUGAACUGUUUAUUAGUCUAAUUUCUUGUUAAAAGGAAAAAAUGCACCCUCAGAUACUUAUAUAUCAUUCAAGAUGUUUGUUGAGUGUUGUUGUGGUGGAAGAAGUGCUAUAAAUAAGCCCCCUCCUCUUUUAUUGUGUGGGACUGACACAUUUCCACACCAUAGCUUUUAGAGAACAUCACUGUAGCUGUGUUGUACUCUACAUCAUUACGUCCAUUUGCUCUGUUAUACAUGGGAAUAAGAAAGGAACAAACUGACCUAAAGAGUAGCAAACACAUAGGCAAUAUCUGCUACAGUGUUUAUUUUGAUACUAUCACAUGGGGUAGUCUGACAAAGUCUGACAUUUUUCCACAAAUAAUGGCUAUAAAUUUUACCUGGAACUGUUUUGGGUGGAUUUUUCUUGUAAAAUGUUUAAAAUAAAAAUAGCAUGGGUUUAUUCCUUUUUGUAUUUUGUAACACACAACUUUUGCCUUCUCCUGCCCUGUGGACAGUGAUAACUCACACACAGUUAUUGUCACAUCUAUAUGGAUUUUAGUGUGGGAGUCGUCCUUUUAGAUAUAUUAGAAAAACACAUGGUCAGUUCUCUCCAAAAGGAAUCCAAAUAAUGAUAUUGAAUGUGCUCUUCUUGACUUUACUUUGAACAGUUCUCCGUUUACGUUUAAAUGCUGCCAGCAGGAAGCUUAUUGAUUGACAAAGUUUGACAAAAUGAUAUACCAUGCAA